CAGCAGUCUGGCCUUCCUCGACGAAGGAGUCGAUAUCUCCGUCACCAACCGCAAACCCCCACCGAGCCGAUAGCAAUACCCACCUCGACCAAGUCAACGGAUAGUGGUUUGGAUCCUAUGCAAAGAUGGCAAGAUUCACCACCAGAGGCCGAGCCAGCAUCCCUAUCCGCCAUCGUCGACGCUCUGGAAAGGGCACCACUACGGAGUCGUUCUUCGGCCGGAAGCCCCGGCAGUCAACACUUUGGCAGCCGUGCCGCCUCGACAGUCAGUUUCGGAAGCGGAACAAGUUGCUCUUCAGCUUCUGUUGCAUCCGCUAACUCGAUCACCCACCGAAGUUCAUCCCGCGGACGGGUAACGAAACGAACGCGAACGCCGGCUGCAAAGGCAAAGGAACCAGGCAAGCGAAUCUUUCUUUGCACUUUCUGCUGCGAUUCUUUCAAAAGCAAGUAUGACUGGGCAAGACACGAAAAGUCACUUCAUCUUAAUCUGCAAGGUUGGAGGUGCGCCCCUUUCGGAGGGACAGUCGUCUCUCCCAGUACAGGGAGAAGUCAUUGUGCCUAUUGCAGCCUUCUUGAUCCGACGCCAGAGCAUCUCAGCUCCCACAAUCACGAGAGUUGUCAGAAUUCGGAUCCAACUCACUUCUUCAGUCGCAAGGAUCAUCUCGUCCAGCAUCUGAGGCUUGUUCAUCACGUUCAGACCAUGCCAAUCAUCGAUUCGUGGAAAGUUGAAGGACCACCUGUAUCAUCGAGAUGUGGCUUUUGCAGUAUCCAGUUGCAUACUUGGCAAGAGCGCGUUGAUCAUCUGACGAAGCAUUUCCGUUCUGGAGCAACUAUGGAUAGCUGGAAGGGAGAGCAUUGUUUCGAACCCUCGAUCGCUGCCCAGGUCACCAACGCUAUCCCGCCAUAUCUCAUCGCAGCCGAGUCUCGAGCCCUGGUACCAUUCUCCAGCACUGAUCCGGGCACCAAGGAUCACCUGUCACAGAUCAAGCAUGCAACCCAGCAGAGCUUGGGACAGUGGGAUGAUGGAGGUGCUAUGGCAAUGAGUGGUUCAGAGCCAUCUCCACAGUCGAGUACACAGCAAGGUUCGCUAGAUGGCAUCAACGAACGCUCACCACCGAUGAUGUACCCCGACGUCCUUGCUCUACAUCUCGGCCGCUACGCCCAAGAAAAGAUGAAGCUCGGCAUCAUUCCAACGGACAGGAUGUUUCAGGAAGAGGCGAGGAGGAUCAUGUUUGACUCGGUGGAUCCUUGGGAUCAAACCAUUGCCGACAACGACGACUGGCUGUCAUGCUUCCGCAGUCGCCAUCUC